AUGCGCUGGGUUUUUGGUUUACGAACAACUGCCUCUCCAUCAGGUGUAAGGCUCUAUCUUGAGUGGUAUGGGGAUUCUUCUGACUAUAGUAUCGACAGAGGCUACUGGACCGUAGCUUCAACGGCAGGAGGUUAUAGGAAUGAAAACAGUGCUGAUCCCCAGGCAUCCGUUCAACCAAUGACACCUGUCAUCCAAGAUGAAGCUCCUGGCGGAAUGACAGCAAACUCAGAGAAUAUGCUAGCUACUAAUGAUGUAAAUCAGAUUGAAGGUGUUGAUGGAGAUACCAAUUUUCUUGAGUUUGCUCCAGCUCCAUGUACUCCUGGAUUGGUGGAAGAGCCAAACUUGUCAAAUGUGCAAGAGACUUCAGCAUGUGAUGAUCAUUUGGAAUUAGAAGAUCAUAGUCUAACAGAUUUUGCUCUGAAAGAGAACUUGGAAAACGGUUUCAGCAAAUCAGACCUUCAUCAUGGGAAUGAAAAUGUGGUGGAUUCGCGUGGUGAUGUGGAUUCUCAUACAGUUAUUCACAUGUCUGCUGAGGAGAAUGGGUUCCAUUUGGGUGAUGUGGACAUCAAUCAACUAAGGCCACAGGGACAGUCCUCUGCUUUAGCUGAUCAAGCUAGAGGCAUAUCUUCAGUUUCAGAAUUAUCAGAUAGGAUGGUAGUUGCAUCCAGUGGUCCAUACAGGGAUGAAGAUUUACGGAGUGACCUUGUCAGCAACAACGUGCCUGGCAUUCAUUCCAUUGAUGGAUCCCUUGAAGACCAUUUGGAGCCUCAAAAAGUUUGGUUGGGUGAAAUUACUCCAGGUAUGCCCAGUUUAAGUAGAACCUGUCAACUAGUCUCAGAAGGUUUUUUGGAGGAUAAUCAAGCAUCACCCAAACCAGAGGUUUCUAAUAAAAUGGGAAUUGCAGGAAACCUGAAGGACUACUGCGUUGUUAGCGUUGCAUCAGAAUUAAUCGCCGAAUCUAAAGGUGGACCUGACCUUGAAACUCAGGUUUGUGAGGAGCCAAAAGAUCCCAGGGAUUUGGAUGUAGCUAUUCAGGAAGAAAUGGCAAGUACUGACACUUGUGUUCUUCCGCCAUGCAAUACUCAUCUGAACCAACCUGCUAAAAUAUGUCCUGGAGUUGGCAGUUCUCUUGAUCCUGAUUCUCUAUCUGAAUUUUCUGGGUUGGGCUCACUGGAAACUUCUGGGAGGGAGAAGGCACCCCUUGCUUCUAGAGCUUCCUUUUUGUUGCAAGGUGAAGAGUGUCAUGCAACGGGCGGUCUGGAACAAGUUUUUGAGGAAAACCAUGUAAUAGAACCUGCUUCAUGUGAAAAUAUUCAGGCAGUUUGUAGCAAAUCAAAUGAUCAAGCAGAAAAUGGGAUUUCAGGAGAUAGUCAGUUCGAGAAUCGUUCUGCAUGUUCUGACAUGCCUGCCCCUGAGAAAUUGCUAUCUGUUCCAGAAGGACGUCUUGCUGAUCCAACGAGUAAUUUGCUAGUGGCGUAUACACCAGACAAAGGAGUCUCAGCAGGUGCUGAUGGAGAUGGUGCUGGGAGCAACAUCAUUUCAGGAAAAAAGCGCAGUUUCACUGAAAGUACACUGACAGUACAGAGUUUGGAUACUGUUAAAUCUUUGGAGGUGGUCGGGACCAAAAGAACUGCAGAGCCUAUUCCUGAUGACGAUGAUUUGUUGUCUUCUAUCUUAGUAGGGAGAAGAUCUUCGGCUUUCAAAGUAAAGCCCACUCCUGCUGGUCCUGAGAUAACAUCGACGAAGCGCGCCCGGUCUGCAGCCCGUAUUACUGCUUCGAAAAGGAAAGUGCUUACAGAUGAUACCAUGGUUUUGCACGGCGACACAAUAAGACUACAGUUGACAACCACCGAAGACAUACGUCGGAUACGAAAGAAAGCUCCUUGCACUCGCCUUGAAAUUUCAAUGAUUCAGAAACAAUUUGUGGAAGACGAAAUUUUCUGUGAACCCAUUCUUACUGGUGUCUCCACAGAAUUGGCUGCUCUGCACAGUCAAACAUAUGAUCUAAGUACAUCGACAGUCUACCAAAAUUUUGUAAACACUUCUCCUCUUGAAGCACCAGCAGACGUGAAAUUGACUUCCCAAAAUGAUGAAAAUGGUACAAACUUGGAGGCAGCAAAUAUUGACCAAGAAAAUGGAAUGGAUGACAGCAUUGACUGUUUGGCAGUUGGAGUUAGUAGUGAAGCACAACCUCCUAAGACUGCUGCGUUGACUGAAAGCCAGAAUUGUGAAGGCCAUGCCUUAAACUCAGAGCUUUAUGAUAAUCAAGUGCAGAUGAAGCCUAGUGAUGUAGCAAAACACUGGAUUUUAGAACAUGAUCUUUUGGGAGAGACUCAAAUGGAAAUUGAUGGAAAAAGCAUUUCAGUUGAUGAUGCAGUAAAUCCUGCUGUCACUAUUGGAAUUGAGGCAUCACACCCUGCUGAUCCCGUUUCUGUUGACAUUCAUGACAUUUCAGCUGACACACCCCAGCUAGCUUCCUUGGACAAAACCAGUGAGGCAGAUGCUUCUGUGCAGAUUGAUGCGUUAGGUGUGUCACCUGAUCAGAAGUUGGAUCCAACAGAUAGUAGCAGUGGGAAGGGCGUUGAUGGUAAUGAAACUGCAGAUAGAAAGGGUGAUAAUAUUGCUGGUGCUGAAACUGAAUCUAGAUCGAAAAAUGAAUUGUUUUCAGAGGGAACUCAAGCUUGUGCUUCAAUGGAAGUUGGAAUAGACAUUCUUAACGACUGUUCCACAUAUAUGGAAGGUGCGAAUGAAAAUCAAGCCAUGAAAGAACUCAGGAGACACGAGCAAGUAUCUAUGGAAAAGGAUGAAAUUUUAGAUGCAGCAGUGGAAUUCAAUGCCAAGGACUCAACCCCAAAUGGCUUCAGUGGUGAAGAACCCAUAAUGGAUUCUCCAUAUGGAGCUGAGGUCAACGUGGAGGUGAAAAAUGUUUCUGUGGAUGGAGGAAAUCCAGGCGGGUUGGAUUCUUAUCCACUGAGGAUGACUGAUAUAGAGCAUAAUGUCGUCGACCAGGAUCAUCGUGAUGUGAGUUGUUUACUUGGUUUUCUCACUCUUCUGUGA